AAUUAAACUGUAACUGUUUUAAAUAUCAUUGCGGACCAGAUAACAUGACAUGUAAAGAUCGUACGAAAUGAAAAUUUAUUGAUAUGUUUACUGUUGUCAUAUGAUAUUUUUUUCAAAUUUUUAGAGACUGCCAGUUUCGCAAAUCUUAAUUUCUUUUAUGUUUAUUAGUGGAAGAGUGUUUGUCGUAGCCGAAGUUUUUGUGUAAUAUGUUAUGCUACAAGAUGAGAGAGGUACUAGAUUGACUCUACUCAUCUAAAUUAAAUGGCUUCUAAUUUUGUUCCUAUGCUUUCAUCGAGCCCACCUCCUUUGGAUGAUUGCCCUGAUGACGAUGACGACGACUUUGGAAAUAUUCCUUUUGACUCUUCAUUUGACAGCCCUGUUGCCACCAGCAAACACAAAUCUUACAAAACUGGAGAUAAUGGUGUUAACAAUCUUAGCCUGAAAAACGAUUUCCAUUCUAUAUGUUCUUAUAACGAUUCAGAGUUUUCGAAUCACCUGAAUGAUCUAUCCCAUGAGGAUGAAAUAAUAAAUGUUCAUGUAAAUAAACAAAAUACCUGUGAUGAAAGAGAACCUCCUUUUCCCGAUUCCCCAACUGAUUCAAAUGUAAAUAAAACAUUUAGUCCUGAAUCGGUUAAAAAUUCUGUUUCAUGUGAUGCUUCCUGUGCUUUAAGUUCUGGUGAUUCUUAUGAUGGAGAGGAAACCAUUCCAAGCUCAGAGCCCUUACAACUGAAGUUAUGUUUAGAAGAUGAUAAUGAGUCAUUUGAUUCUGUGUCUACCAUUCCAGUUGAAACAUCAAUCAACAGUAAAUUAUCACACACAGAUCAAAGUAAUCCUUGUGGUUUAUUCAAUAAUAGUAAUUAUGCAGACUGUGAUGCCAAAUCUGAUGAGGCUCAAAAUAGUGAUAUUUCAUUCGAGUGUUUUAAAGAAAAUAAUUUUACUUCCGAAAAUUUAGAAUUUUCUCUAAAAGAGAGUGGUUGUGUUACCGAAAAUUUAGAAUUUCCUGUAGAUUUUGAUGCAGCUGAAGAUGAUGAUUUUGAUGACUUUCAGCAGGCAUUUUCAAACCAAGCUCAAGUAACUGAUAUUAAUAGUGAUAUUAUUUCUAAAGAAAGCUCAUCUCAAAGUAAAAUUGAUGAGGAAUUUAGAACAGAUUUUAAUAACGUUCACAAUUCCGGAAAUUGUGAUUCUGAGUAUGAUGAAGAUUUUGAUGAUUUUCAAGGCUUCAGCAAAGCACCUAGUGCCUGCAUGGAGAAUGGUGUUUCUGAAACUGAUUCUAAAGUUCUACAAGGUGAUGAGGACUUUCAAGAUUUCAGGAAGUGUGACCCAGUAGAAGAUGAGGCAGAUGAAUUUGAUGAAUUUCAAGGAUGUGAUGCAUCUGAAAAUUCUAGUACUCAGGAUUUUGCCAAUUUUGAAUCUGUUUCAUUUGAAGAAAAGGCACAGUCAGACUCUCCUCAAUUUGCUGACUUUGAAAGUGCAUCAUUUAGUUCUGAUGAAAUUCGUUCGAAUUUAGCUUGUGGAUCAUCUACUCAGGAUAAAAGUUUAGAUAAAAUAGCUACUGUUUUAAAUGCUAUUUUUCCACCAGUGAGUGAAUCUAGUGAUGAUUGUGAUCCGCCUACAGAAAUUUUAGAACACAGUAAUAAAAGCCAUAGGCUAUGGGAGAAACUGCAUGAAGUUGAGCAAGCCCCAAGCCUUCGUUUUCAGUGGGGUGUGUCACACUCUUUUCAGCAACUUUUGCGAUCUAUAAAUGUUGAUUAUCACAGUAUUCUGCGCACUUCGUCCGUCCCAAUAUUCGCUUCAAGUCUAAGUCUUCUAGAACCAGUAAAGGGUCAAGCAAAAAUAGUUAAUGCAGAAUCAGAAGAUAGAAGGAAAAUCCAGAAUUUAAACGACCCAAUUCCACCUGUAGAAUUUGACUGGACCAGCAGUGGUCUCGUGAAUCCUUUAGACUCCGGACAAGCUGCUUCAGUGCUUAUGGAUCUUUCCUUUCUUGCCACCUCUGAUACUGCUACCUCUCCUUCAAAUGACAACCAUAGUUUUGAGAAUGAGCUUUUGAAACCUAGUCCUCUGCCUGCAUGUUCUGAAAGCUUGAAUAAAACUCUUAUAUUAGAAGAACUUCUUUCAAAAAAUGUUUGUUCGCUCCCAAAUUCAAAAACUGCCCACCGUCCACCAAACAUAAGUGAAGAAGCAAACUCUGUGCUGGACCAACUUCCUGAUCUUUCAUUUAUGCGAGCAAAGGUUUUGAUGUUUCCUAUAUCUAGCAAAACUUGAUAAUGUGUAUAUACUAACAUGUAUAAGUGUUGUAAAAAUUUGUUUAUAAUGUAUAUUGAACAUAUAAUGUAAAGAGAUAUUAUUUAACUUAUGUUAGUUGUAUAUCCUUUUUAGAUUUAUAUUAC